AUGGGCUCUAAGUACCCACGGUCUGUGAGGGGCUGCCUGCCCCUGUGGGCCUUAACACUGGAGGCAGCUCUCAUUCUUGUCUUCUUCUUUUUCACGAAAUAUGAUUCCUCAAAGGAUCAGAAGGAGCUCAUGGGGACCUAUGGAGCCAUCUUCCAAGAUGUUACCGUCAUGGCGGUCCUCGGCUUGGGCUUCCUCACCUCAUCUUUGUGGAAACAAGGCUGGAGCAGCGUGGCCUUCAAUCUCUUCAUGCUGGCCCUUGGGGUGCAGUGGGCAGUGCUGCUGAAUGGCUUCCUGGACCAGUCCUUCUCAGAGGUUGUGAUCAUCACACUGCCCAGGAUUCAAAAGGCCACCAUGAGUGCUAUGUCUCCACUGAUCUCAGUGGGUGCUGUCCUGGGGAAAACCAACCUGGUGCAGCUGGUGUUGAUGACGCUGAUAGAGGUGACAGUCUUUGACACCAUGAGGAUGUUCAGCAAAAAAUUCCUCCAUAUGCCUGACGACAUAAAUAUGAUGUACAUCCACGUGUUCGCGGCCUAUUUUGGGCUGAUUGUGGCCUGGUGCCUCUCAAGGCCUCUGCCCAAGGAAGCGAAGAAGAAAGAUCAGAUAGCAACAAGCCCCAGUUUGUUUGCCAUGCUGGGCACCCUCUUCCUGUGGAUGUUCUGGCCAAGUUUCAACUCUGCUCUGCUGACCUCACCACAUGAGAGGAAGAUUGCCGUGUUCAACACCUACUAUGCUAUUGCGGUCAGCGCAGUGACAGCCAUCUCCGUGUCAGCCUUGGCUCAUCCCCAAGGGAAGAUCAACAUGGCUCAUAUCCACAAUGCAGUACUGGCAGGAGGUGUGGCUAUAGGCGCCCCGAAUCACCAGAUCAGUUCUCCUUGGUCUGCCAUGGUGCUGGGCCUUAUGGCUGGGCUGAUCUCCAUCGGUGGAGCCAAAUGCCUGCCGGUGUGUUUUAACCGUGUGCUGGGGAUCCAUGAUACCUGCGGCGUGCAUUACACCUUUGGCUUGCCGGGUCUGCUCGGAGGGAUCACCAACAUCGCGUUGAAAGCGCAUCAGGCAAACUGGAACAGGGAUCCCAUGAAUUCCUUCGAGGUGCUCAUUGACGCUGGGGCACUCAGCUUGUUCGUGGCUGUGGGUCUGGCAUCUGGUCUCCUGACAGGUUUGCUCUUAAAACUCAAAAUAUGGAGAGCGGUACCUCCUGUGGGAAAAUAUUUCCAUGACCAAGCUUUCUGGGAGUUUCCUCAUUUGGCUGUUGGAUUCUAAGCAAAAGCAUCCAAGAAAAACACGGCCUAUUCCAAAACAAGAGAGCUUCCUUUCACUGCUGCCCAUCUAGGUUUUGCAUGCG